CACCACUUCAACCUUUCAUUUCAGUUCAUUCACUCUCACUUCUCCUUUCACAUUAAAAUGCAAGGCCUCCGCCGCUGCUCAAACGACGUCGUACACCUCGACCUCACCACUCCCACGCCGGCCACAACCAACUCCUCCACCACCUCAUCCUCCUCCUCGCUCUCCAUCGACGUCGAGGAAUCCACGGAGGCGCGUAUCCAGCGGCUCAUAUCGGAGCACCCGGUGAUCAUCUUCACGCGCUCCUCCUGCUGCAUGUGCCACGUCAUGAAGAAGCUCCUCGCCACCAUCGGAGUCAACCCCACCGUCAUCGAAUUGGAUGACCACGAGAUAGCGGCCCUCCCGGACGCCACCCGCACUCCCGCCGUCUUCAUCGGCGGUGCCUCCGUCGGCGGCCUGGAGUCCCUCGUCGCCCUCCACGUCAGCGGCCACCUCGUCCCCAAACUUGUCCAAGUCGGCGCCCUCUGGACACAUGCUCUUUCAGUUUGACUUGGCAGAAAUUCAGGUUGGUUUUUGGAACCAAUAGAUAGAAUCUCACCUUCUUAAAUGUCUGUUGAACACUUGAUUUUUUACUGUAUGAAUAGAAGAGAGAUGAGUGUUUAGAUGUGUAUAUUGUUGACAAGGUCGAACAUGGUUGAUGAAAAAGAAUGAGUUUUGAUCGAUGGAGGAAAGUUUGAUUAUUUUGGUGUGGGAAUAGAUCUGCGAGUAUGGAUGUUGGGGUGGAGGGUACUUGCUAUGUCUGAGUGACACGUGUUGGGAGAAAGCAUCUGGUUGUGUGGUGAGAGCGACAAGGAUGUGUGGUUGGGUUCAAUGGUUGUUCUUCUUCUUCUUCUUCAACUACUUAGUGUGGUUCCAUUAUACAUAAUCACGGGUUCCUUUUUUCCUCAAUUAUUAUCAUGCAAUCAGAGUCUAUGGUUUUGUCACUUUUGCUUCAUCCAUCUUAUUCAUAACUCUUACCUAAUCAUUCUUUCCUUUUUUUUUUUCACACUACUUAUCUUUUAUUAAUAAGAAA